AUGGGUGAAUCAUCAACAUGUCUUGUGCGAUCGUUCUCCACUCCCGCAGACACUUGUUCUAAAGAGGAAAACCCCAUUCGUAUGCUUGGAGAAUCUAUCUCUUUUGGGAGGUUUAUGUCCGAAAGCCUUGAUUGGGAGAAAUGGUCAGCAUUCUCACAGAAUCGUUAUGUAGAAGAAGCUGAAAAAUAUUCAAAGCCAGGUUCUGUUGCUGCGAAAAAAGCCUACUUUGAGGCUCAUUACAAGAAAAAGGCUGCGGAGAAAGCAGCUGCAUUGAUUGAAGAAGCAAAUGCUCAAGCCAAUGGAACUUUUGAUUCAGAAACUCAGGAAGGAAACUGCAUCGACUCGUCCCUGGAGAUGAGGUCGAAAACUGACAACACUGUGACUGCCAAUGAACAGCUGGAUAAAGAUACUGUUAAUUUCCAAGUUGUUGAUUGUGCUAAUACAAAUCAAUCUAAAUGUGACAUUGGACAAAGUGAUUUUGACAUUUUGAAUGUGGACAGAGCAAAGGAUGUGCCACAUCCUCGCAUUGAUACAAAUCUUAAUGUGGAAAACUGCAUGCUUGUUGAUAAUUCUAACCAGUUUGAUCAUGUUGAAGUCCUUAAGAAUAUCGCGGUCCCAGUAGAAGAGAGGAUGACUGAUCCUGGUACUGCUGGUGAGGAAGUCUUGGCUUUGCCUCUCAAGGGAAAACAAGUAAAUUCUUCAGAAGAAUUAUCAAACAAAACUAGGGCUGCCACGAAACUUACUCAUUCUCUUGAUAAAAAGAAGGCUGCUGCAUCUGUACCACCCAGAAGUGGAACAAACUGUGGUUCAAAAAGUAAGAAGCUUGUUGGAGACUCAGCUGAGAAGAAGAGACUAACUGCAGGUUCGGUCCACAUGUCAAUCAAUCUUCCCGGUGGGGCUGGUGAAAAAAGCAAAACAGUUGCUGCAGCUGUACAAUCCAGAAAUGGCAUAAACAGUUUUUCAACAAGUAAGAAGUCUGUUGGAGGCUCAGUUGAGAAGAGAAGAAUAACUGCACAGUCACUUUACAAGUCAAUCAAUCUUCCAUCUAGCACUGGUGUAACAAGCAAAACAGCUACUGCUGCUGUUAAACCCAGAAAUGGAAUAAACCAUGCUUCAAAAAGUAUGAAGUCUGUUGGAGACUCAAUUGAAAAGAGACCAGUUGCAAGGUCAAACAAGUGA